UUUAUUUACCUCAGUACGGCUCCAGUUAUUUAGUAUAACAUUAGAAUCGAACCUAUUAACAUCGAAGUCCAUUGUUUUUUUUAAUUUAAUAAUGUUUUCAUUUUGUACUGCCGUGAACAGCUUGGGUCAGAGUGGGCCACCUUGUCUGACCCCCCUCUCUAUCAGGAAAGCAUCUCCCGUUUCCAGCAUCCCACGAGCGUCACAUUGGUCGUAUAUAUUUCUGAUUGUGUUUACAUCAUGCUGCCUAGUCGAGGGUGCGUCUGUUGGCGCUGGAACUCACAUUGGUAGCAAUAGUAUGAUUAGUCCAGAUUCCCGUAUUGGGAAAAAUUGUAAUAUUGGCGACAAUGCCAUUAUAACGAAUUCACGAAUUGGUGACGGUUGUACCAUUGCAAGCAACGCGGUUAUCAGAAAUUCACAAAUUGGCAAUGGUUGCAAUAUUCGAGAAAAUUUCGUUAUCACAAAUUCAAAUAUUGGGAACGCUUGUACUAUCGCUAAUAAUGUGAACAUCGUGGGCAGUCGUAUUUUGAACAACGUCGUUAUUGAAGAUAAUAGCAAGAUUACGAACUCGUUCAUUGACGAUAAUUCAGUCAUUCCAGUUAAUUCUGUAGUGAUAAAUCAACAGUAAUUGUUACCUUUAGGCUAAAAAGUUAGAAAAUAAAAUUAUUAAUGUCACAGAGUUGGUCAUGAGUACGGACAUUAAACUGAAACACAAGCGCGCCACCUAGCGGCAACGAUAAAAUAAACACUAAGAACUAAGUGAACUAAAAUGUGUCUACUUAUUAUUAAAAUUGUUCAAACACAA